UAAUCCGUAGUCUGCGCUUCCCGUUGGCCCAUCGAGCUGCUCUACCCAAGUCUGACAUUGCGAAGAUGGAGGCUGUUAUGAUCUAAUGCAGGACACAUAGAAAGCGCAGCCUCCGAGUUUCAGAGCUCUGUUAUGACAACAAUUCCAUUGGGUCCAGGUGGAGGCAGGAGGUGUGAGUAGAGAGCAGUAGACGUCAGCACCAUGUACUCCGAGUGGCGCUCGCUGCAGUUGGUGGUGCAGAGUGACCAGGGCCAUGUCAGUGUUCUGCACUCCUAUCCCUCCAGCGUAGGCACAGAGGUGGCCAAUGCUGUUGUCAAGCCUCUGGGCACAGCUGUAAGCCCUGUUGCCACAGAGAACAUUCUUAAGACAGACAAAGAGGUAAAGUGGACCAUGGAGGUGCUGUGUUAUGGCCUCACCCUCCCUCUUGAGGGGGACACUGUCAAGCUUUGUGUAGAUGUAUACACAGACUGGAUGAUGGCCUUGGUUUCACCCAGGGACUCAAUGCCUCAGCCUGUGGUCAAGGAGCCCAAUAUGUAUGUGCAGACCAUUCUGAAACAUCUCUACAAUGUAUUUGUACCAAGACCUGAGCAGCACAGUCUCAACCACAUCAGGCUGUGCCAGCAGGUUCUGACUGCAGUCCAGAAACUGGCAAGAGAAUCUGUCUCCAUGGUGAGGGAAACCUGGGAGGUGCUGCUGCUCUUCCUGCUUCGCAUCAACGACACUUUGCUUGCCCCGCCCACAGUUGGAGUUGGUGUAGCGGAGAAACUGGCGGAGAAAUUGAUGGCAGUGCUGUUUGAAGUGUGGCUGCUGGCAUGUGCUCGUUGCUUUCCCACACCACCAUACUGGAAGACGGCAAGGGAGAUGCUGGCCAACUGGAGACACCACCCUCCUGUUGUAGAGCAGUGGAGCAGAGUGGCCUGUGCCCUUACCUCCAGCAGACUUUUGCGUUUUACCCAUGGACCCUCCUUCCCACCUUUUAAAGUUCCUGAUGAGGAUGCCAACCUGAUUCCUUUAGAGAUGGACAAUGACUGUGUGGCACAGACAUGGUACCGCUUCCUCCAUAUGCUCAGCAACCCAGUGGACCUUAGCAACCCUGCGAUAGUGAGCACCACUCCAAAGUUUCAGGAACAGUUUCUCAACUCCAGCGGUAUCCCUCAUGAAGUGGUGCUGCAUCCAUGUUUGAAACAGCUGCCCCAGAUCUUCUUCAGGGCCAUGAGGGGCAUCAGCUGCCUUGUGGAUGCUUUCUUAGGUGUCUCUGUUGAAAAGAGAAACGUACGGGAGAGGGUGUUCACUUUUUGCCCAGUGCUGCUCUCUCAUGGUAUUUCACGUCCCAGGGCUGACAGUGCUCCGCCCACCCCUGUUAAUAGAAUGAGCAUGUCUCCACCCCCCUGCAUUGCCAACACUACGCCCCCUCACAGCCGCAAGCAACGGCAUACAGUGGUCACCAAAACUACAAGCAAGAGUUCAACCGGCAGCGGUCAACCUACCAAAGCAUCCCAGCAACAGCAACAGCAGCAGCAGCAGCAGCAGCAACAGCAGCAGCAGCAAACUUCGUCCUCCCCGACACUGUUGUCCAGCCCCAACCAGAGCACCUGGGAGUCUCGACCGCUUCCGGCGCCGACACGGCCCAAGGUCAACAGCAUCCUCAACCUCUUCGGCCAGUGGCUUUUUGACGCGGCACUUGUCCACUGUAAGCUCCACAGCGGCCUCAGUAGAGACCCUAGCAUGACCGCCUCUUUUAUCCAAAUUCUCCUUUCUUAUAAAUCUUCAAUAGCUACACAAGUAGGUCUGGAGUUGAGAAGAAAGGGUUCCCAAAUGUCCACUGACUCCAUGGUGUCUAACCCCAUGUUCGAUGCCAAUGAGUUCCCAGAGAGCUAUGAGGCAGGACGGGCUGAGGCCUGCGGGACUCUGUGUCGCAUUUUUUGUAGCAAGAAAACCGGUGAAGAAAUUCUGCCUGUUUACCUUUCAAGGUUCUACAUGGUUCUCAUUCAGGGUCUGCAGAUCUCUGACUUCAUCUGUAGACCGGUUCUGGCUUCUAUCAUUCUUAACUCUUCCUCUCUCUUCUGUACUGACCUUAAGGGCAUCAAUGUGGUGGUGCCCUACUUCAUAGCUGCUUUGGAGACUAUUGUACCAGACAGAGAGCUUUCUAAAUUCAAAAUCUAUGUAAAUCCAACCGACUUGAGGAGAGCCUCCAUCAACAUCCUGCUUGCUAUGUUGCCGCUGCCACAUCACUUUGGCAAUAUCAAGUCAGAGGUUCUGUUGGAGGGAAAGUUCAAUGAGGAGGAUGGAUGGCCUCACGAUCAGCCCGUGUCUUUCCUGUCCUUGAGGCUACGUCUUGUCAACGUCCUCAUAGGGGCACUGCAGACUGAGACCGAUCCUAUCAACACACAGCUCAUCCUUGGUGCAAUGCUAAAUAUUGUUCAAGACUCAGCGCUUUUGGAGUCCAUAGGUGCACAGACUGAAACAGGGAGUAUAGAUGGGAGCCACAUGACUGUGAAGAGUCAGAGUCACAGCCGUACAAACAGCGGAAUUAGUUUCACCAGUGGAGGCAGCGCCGAGGCCACCAGUCCAGACUCAGAGCGUCCAGCCCAGGCCCUACUUCGGGACUAUGCUCUUCCAGAUACAGCGGCGGGCCUGUUGGUGCGCAGCAUCCACCUGGUUACUCAGAGGCUCAACUCCCAGUGGAGGCAGGACAUGAGCAUCUCACUGGCCGCCCUGGAGCUGCUGGCCGGGCUUGCUAAGGUAAAAGUGGGAGUAGACUCUGCUGAUCGCAAACGUGCUGUCAGCUCCAUAUGUGGGUACAUUGUGUACCAGUGUAGCCGUCCAGCCCCUCUUCAGUCGCGAGACCUCCACUCCAUGAUUGUAGCAGCUUUCCAGUUCCUAUGUGUGUGGCUCACGGAGCACCCAGACAUGUUGGAUGAAAAGGAUUGUUUGGUAGAGGUUUUGGAAAUCGUAGAGCUGGGUAUCUCUGGCAGCAAGUCCCGGCAGGAACAAGAGGUCCGACAUAAAGGGGAGAAGGAGCACAACCCUGCAUCAAUGAGGGUGAAGGAUGCUGCUGAGGCGACUUUGUCGUGUAUCAUGCAGGUGUUGGGGGCCUUCCCUUCUCCCAGCGGGCCGGCCUCCACCUGCAGCCUGCUGAAUGAAGACACCCUGAUUCGCUACGCCAGACUUAGUGCCACAGGAGGCAGCAACUUCCGUUAUUUUGUCCUGGACAACUCUGUCAUCCUCGCCAUGCUGGAACAACCUCUCGGCAACGAGCAGAACCCUAGUCCAUCAGUCACGGUUUUGAUUCGAGGCACAGCUGGCAGACAUGCCUGGACCAUGCAGCUCUUCCACCAACCCAGAGGAGCUCGGGCCAAUCAGAGGCAGGUGUUUGUUCCUGAGGGCCGUCCAACGCCAAAUAAUGAUGUAGGGAUCAAGUACAAUGUCAAGCAGAGACCCUUUCCUGAAGAGGUGGAUAAGAUUCCUCUUGUUAAAGCUGAUGUCAGUAUUCCAGACUUGGAUGACAUCGUCAGUAAAGAGGUGAAUUGUAUGGGCUGGCAGGAUGAUUCCAGAGCUACAAAUACACUGCUGAGUAAUUUCCCACACCUAGAGGUUCAGCACGACAAGCUCCGCGCUCUGAUGACCAAACAGAUCGACUACGAGGGUGCUUUGGAGCGGCACAGUGAAGACAUCUGGAAGUCCAAGUGUUUCCCUGACCCACAGAUCGACUGCAAACCCCCGCCGCCCUCGCAGGAGUUCCAGACGGCACGCCUCUUCCUCUCGCAGUUUGGCUUUCUCUCUCUGGAAGCGCUCAAGGAGCCCAGCAACAGUCGUCUACCUCCUCAUCUGAUUGGCCUAGAAUCAUCCUUGCCUGGAUUUUUCGAUGACGUCAGCUACCUGGACCUGCUUCCCUGCCGACCAUUUGACACUGUCUUCAUUUUCUAUGUUAGAGCUGGACAGAAAAGCAGUGCCGAGAUCUUGAGGAAUGUGGAGUCAUCAUCCAGCGUCCAGCCCCACUUUCUGGAAUUCUUGCUGUCCUUGGGCUGGCCUGUGGAUGUGGGACGCCACCCAGGAUGGACAGGGCACCUAGAUACCAGCUGGUCCCUUAACUCCUGCUCUGAAAGCAAUGAUAUACAACAAACAGAGGAAGCAAAUACUCCUGAGGACACAGGAGGCUCGGUGUUUAAUGGGGAGAAGCAAGUUUUAUAUUAUGCUGACGCUCUGACAGAGAUUGCCUUUGUUGUUCCUUCUCUAACUGAAAAUUCAGAGGAGUCAUCGGUGCACAGUGACUCCACAGUGGAGGCGGACACCAACUCAGACCUCAUGCCUACUUUACUGAAACAACCUAAUCUCACACUGGAGCUGUUCCCCAACCAUUCUGAAUCCCUGGAGUCUGCUAAAAAGUUAAGUCCUUUGGUGAAGACAAAGAGAUCGUCAUCUGGAAAGUCUUUCCCACCACUGGGUCCGGAGACGAAGGUGUUUGUGGUCUGGGUGGAGCGCUUUGAUGAUAUCGAGAACUUCCCAUUGUCUGAUCUCUUGGCGGAAACCAGCACGGGCCUAGAAGCUAGCAUGAGCAACAGCACUUCCUGCAGGUCGGGUUUACUUGAGAAGGACGUUCCUCUGAUCUUCAUCCACCCUCUGAAAACGGGACUCUUCAGGAUCCGGCUGCAUGGAGCUGUGGGCAAAUUUGGCAUGGUGAAUCCCCUGGUGGACGGCAUGGUGGUCAGCCGCAGAGCUCUAGGUUUUCUUGUGCGUCAGACGGUCAUCAACGUGUGCCGGCGGAAGCGUCUGGAAAGUGACUUGUACAACCCGCCUCAUGUGAGACGGAAGCAGAAAAUAACUGAGAUUGUCCAGCGUUAUCGCAACAAGCAGCUGGAGCCCGAGUUCUACACCUCGCUCUUCCACGAGGUGGGAGAGGGAAGGCCUCAUCUCUAACGGCCCCGUCCUGUCCGGUCCUAACACUGGCUCACAAGCGUACACAACAACACACACUCUUAGCCCACAUUCAUGCACCAUUACAUUACACACACACAGAAUCUUUAUAUUUAUACUGUACUAUUUUGUUAUUUAUAUGAACACAUAUAUCAACACUGUCUGCCUUUGACUCUGAGAGCAAAGCGUCAAAAACCAUGCCAAGGUGAAAACGUUACACUUUUAAGUCGCAGCCACUCAUUGAAGAUUUGAAAGACUAAAGUUUCUGCUCAUUUAGGUUCACGCUUUGUGGCAAAAGGGAUUCUGCUUGUCUUGAACUGCAAUACAAUAGUUACACUGUUGGCCUUCCUGAACUUGUAAAAAGUUUGUUCUUUAAACUCUGUGACACAAGUACAUUUGUUUGUAGGUCUGUUUUUGUUUUGGGCAGAUUUCUGGUGGGAUUCACGCCAAGGACACAAACAUACAGGCAUCAUGAAACGUUUAGUACACAAAGAUGAUUGACAUGAUCAUGGUAAGAUAUACGACUCUCAUUCUCUUGCCAGCUACUCCUAGACACCUGCUAAUGUCUUCCUAGUGCAAACACAUUGGGCCAUUGCAGCAGUUGACUGAGCUGCUUCCAGGUGGUUUGCAGGACUCCUAUGUUGCAUUACUGUACGUCAUGUUUGACACCUGCGCUGUGUUUGUGCCAAUCUGACACCCCUCCCACUGCACCGUGUGUGUUUGUGUGUGUACACAUGUGGCCAAAUGUUCAGCCAGGGGAUUUAUUAACACUACAACGCAUCAUAAUGAUCCCUAGAAAUGCUCUACCUGGUGUUUCAGGAGGACUCGUGUCACUUUAAAUAAAUACAAAUCUCAUGGUAACACAGUUAUCGUAACCCAAAUGAAUAACAUUUAACUGAUACUGAGAGAGGUUACUGAGCUUCUGUGGUGUGCAAAUUACAGGGCUAACAUGAAACAACAAAGAUGUUUUAUGUGUGAAAUGUCUGCCAAUACCAAACAGAACCUUGUUACUGGGGAUGGAUUCGAAGGCCAAAAUAUUCAACGUAGCUGUCUUGGAUUUUGGCUGAGCAAAGCUGUUUCUAUUUUUCUUUAAAACUCAUGCAAGAAAAUUUAACUUGUCUGUAAUGCCCAGUUUGGAUAAUGGAUAUAUGCAGUUUUGCCUUCACAGAUGUUUUAAUCACGUUUUUUUUUUAACACUUCACGAUUUGUUUCACGUUUGUUUACUCACUGUACUUUGGUUUUUAUUCAAGCCCUUUCACUGUCUGCCUGUAACAAUGUGAAUUUAUUUAUCACAGAGAUGGAGCAGGGCAAACACCUCGAGUUUCUUUGGUAUAUUGGAAAGUCUUAAUGCACUGAGCACAUUUUAUGUUUCUUUUCUAUUCCCCUUGGUUCCCUUCCGGUCUUUUGUACUUUUGUGCAUUUUGAAAGAAAACCCUGCUGAAGGAAAAGUUUUAUCUUGUGAAAAAUGAAUGAAGAAGCGGCGUCAAGUUUUUAACCUACCGUCACUCACUUUUUAUGACAGUGCUUUAUGCACAUGCCUUUUUGGAAGGAAAAAAUACAUUCAAUACGCUUCAAAGAAACUACAUACAAUCAGUCAUACAUUGUAUUCUAUGUUACUCCUCUGAUGUUUGAUCAUAUUUAAGGAUUUACUAUGUACAGAAGUGGAGGAUAAUAUGUAAAUAUGUGACAGUGUAAGGCAUUUACAAAUCGUCUGUUGUAUUCGCCAGGUUUGGCGAGAGAAGUUGUGUGUAUGCAGUUAUGUGUGGGAGGAUCACAGUGGGUGUUGAAUGUAACAUGCAUCAAUUAAAACUAUUAUUGACAUUUUAA